AUGAAGGAGGAUGAACCGGUGAGGUUGAUUCAGCUGAAGAGAAGUUGGACGAAGUUGCAGGAAUUUACAGCGGUCUCAGAGUGCCUCAGAGGCUUGCCCUUGCCAUUGUCUGAAUUAGGGGAUGAUUCCGGAAUUUAUCGUCCGGCUGAGCAUCUGCAUCGCCCGCCAUCCAUCCGCGCCGGCCGCCCAUUGUUCCUCUGGCCACGAAGCCCUCCCGCCUCGCCGGCCCAGCCCGCCCAGCCACCCAUAGACGCGCCAGCACCCCGGCGGACGGGUCCUCGCGGCUGGCAGGCGAGGGUUACUGUCCUGAUGCCAGAUAAGCGAGGUGAGGUCACUGCACACGCGGCAUGCGCACCCGAACCCUGGGCAGCCCUCUCCCCGACGUACCCUGGGCAGCCCUCUCUCCGACGUACCCUGGGCAGCCCUCUCCCCGACGUACCCUGGGCAGCCCUCUUCCCCGACGUACCCUGGGCAGCCCUCUCCUCGACUCUCUCCGACGUACCCCGGGCAGCCCUCUCCCCGACGUACCCUGGGCAGCCCUCUUCCCCGACGUACCCUGGGCAGCCCUCUCCCCGACGUACCCUGGGCAGCCCUCUCCCCGACGUACCCUGGCCAGCCCUCUUCCCCGACGUACCCUGGGCAGCCCUCUUCCCCGACGUACCCUGGGCAGCCCUCUUCCCCGACGUACUCUGGCCAGCCCUUUUCCCCGACGUACCCUGGGCAGCCCUCUCCCCGACGUACCCUGGGCAGCCCUCUUCCCCGAUGUACCCUGCCCAGCCCUCUUCCCCGACGUACCCUGGGCAGCCCUCUUCCCCGACGUACCCUGGGCAGCCUUCUCCCCGACGUACCGUGGACAGCCCUCUCCCCUACGUACCCUGGGCAGCCCUCUCCCAUGAAGUACCCAGCGCAGAUCUCCAGAACUCAGAUCCACUUUGCGCGUGCUUACUAUGCAUGUACCGACCGGUUUUACGAGCUGUGUGA